UCACCAACCAAUUGGCGUUUCGACGUCUCUCAAGUUUCCUCUAAUCUCGGAACAGAACAACCCCAAAAACAACACUUUCUGAUUCAAAGAAUCAAAGCGCUAUCUCUGUACCCAUCUGCUUCAAAUCUCACUUGGAAAUUCCUCAGUUAGAGCAAUUCAAUAAACUCUUAACAAAUCCCCCCUUCCUGACAGAACAAGCGUAACCUUGUUACCGUCAUUGUUGGUCUAACCCUAACUACAAUCAUCUUCUGCUACAUGGCUUCUGUUGCGAACACUUUACUACUCUCUCUGCCUCCGCCACUCUGUUUCAAUACCAAUAACAACCAGUCACCACCACCUUCUCUUUUUGUUUCUAAAACCCCAAGAUCGAAAUGUUGUCGUCUUCGCUCCUCCUCCGUCCCUCGAUCACCAUACCGUUCUUCUGUUGCAGUUGCCUUGUCCACUGUAGCAAACUCUGUUCCGGCGAGAAGUGGGAUUUACACAGUUGGUGAUUUUAUGACCAAGAAGGAGGGUUUAUAUGUCGUUAAAGCUAACACAACCGUUGAUGAGGCAUUGGAGGCUCUUGUAGAGAAGAGAAUAACUGGGUUUCCCGUCAUUGAUGAUGACUGGAGAUUGGUUGGUGUUGUUUCGGAUUAUGACCUGUUAGCGCUCGAUUCCAUUUCAGGUGGCUGUCAAAAUGACACAAACUUGUUUCCUAAUGUUGAUAGUUCUUGGAAGACUUUUAAUGAGUUACAGAAACUGUUAAUCAAGAACAACGGCAAACUUGUUGGUGAUUUGAUGACUCCUAAUCCUCUAGUUGUUUAUGAAACUACCAAUCUAGAGGAUGCUGUUAGGUUGCUGCUUGAAACAAAAUAUCGGCGACUCCCAGUGGUAGAUGAUGAUGGAAAGCUGGUUGGAAUCAUUACACGGGGAGACAUUGUUAGAGCUGCUCUACAGAUAAAAAAUGCCACUGAAAGGCUUUGCAGUUCAUUCUUCCAGGUACAAUCAGAGGAAGCUAUCAAUCUCCUGCCCUGACAGUCUUUUCUGCUACAAAUUGUAUUUUUUAUGAGGUUCAAAACUUUGAUUUCUAGUUAAAUGUUAUAUAUAGUAUAGGCUUGGUAAAUAUGAAAUCUUGUAUCUAGGCUUGGAGUGGUUUGGCAGUAGUCUAAAGCAAGGUUUUUUUCAAUGUAGCAUUCUUGUUGCAAGUAGGAUUUCUAGCCGCAACCAGGCCAAUUAUUUUGACAUUUUCCCAUUAUUUUGAAGGAGUCUUAAUUCUCAAGAAAAACAAUAUUUCAGUA